CAGCCUCGCCGAAACCUGGAGACCCCCAGAGGAAAGCGGAACAGCCAGGUGGCGUGGCGCCUACCUGUGGCCAUCCUCCCGCUGGGCCUGAGUCUGAAUGGUGGGCGCCAUGGCGACAGGGUGAAGGAGGCCCGGACGGGGUCCUUGCUGAGCCGCGGGGAGACGCGGAGGGGUGUGCCGACGUCUGCGGACGCCUAAUCCGAGGGAGGCCUCGGGUUGGCGCCGCUCUCAGUCGGGUAGGGUCGAAAUGAGGUCGCCUGGUGAGAAGAGUGCCAGAGGAGACUCGGCUAAACGAGAGCAGGCAGCGCCAAAGACGGACUCGCAGCUCCGGCUCCACCAACUGCCGCCAAGACGCUGAGGACCCGACAGGUCGCCUCAGGCCCCGAGCCCUUCUGGGAAAUAGAGUCCGGAUUAGACCCACACCCGGAUUGGCAAACGGCUGGGUAAGGGGCGGGGCGACGGAGGAACAGCCUCUUGUGAUUGGCAAUCGUAAAUGUGGACGUCUAAUUUGAGAGUCAAGGGGGAGGGGAGAGAGGGGGUUGUCCUUUCUUCCCAUUGGCUGAGUGGCUUGGGAGGCGGAGCUAAGUAGCAAACGGGACCUGGAGACAGAGACGCCAAGAAGAAACCGGGAGAGACGCUCUUGUGGCGCACUUCCGGCGCGCUGGGCGAGGAAGAUGGCUGCGUCCCAGCAGCAAGCUGCCGCUGCUUCGUCUGCCGCGGGUGUGUCGGGUCCGGGUUCGUCUGGUGGCCCGGGUCCGCAACAGCAGCCGCAACCACCAGCACAGUUGGUGGGGCCUGCCCAGAGCGGGCUUCUGCAGCAACAGCAACAGGACUUCGAUCCAGUGCAGCGUUACAAGAUGCUCAUCCCGCAGUUGAAGGAGAGUCUACAGACCUUGAUGAAGGUCGCCGCCCAGAACUUGAUUCAGAACACUAACAUUGACAACGGCCAAAAGAGCAGUGAUGGACCCAUACAGCGCUUUGACAAGUGUCUGGAGGAGUUCUACGCACUCUGUGACCAGCUGGAGCUCUGCCUGCGCCUGGCACAUGAGUGCCUGUCUCAGAGUUGCGACAGUGCCAAGCAUUCGCCAACUCUGGUGCCCACGGCCACCAAACCAGAUGCAGUACAGCCUGACAGCCUGCCCUACCCGCAGUACCUGGCAGUCAUCAAAGCCCAGAUUGCCUGUGCCAAGGACAUUCACACCGCUCUGCUGGACUGUGCCAACAAGGUCACGGGCAAGACGCCGGCACCACCUACAGGCCCUGGGGGCACCCUGUGAGCUGGCAGGGCUGGGAGUGGGGCAGGCCCCCGGGGAAGGGGACAGGGAGGGAAUGAAGAGUGACCUCAAAGCA